CUCUGAGUGGUGGCUGUGGGGAGCUCCCUCAGGCUGCCAUGCUAACUCCUCCCCAGGAAUCCGAGAUGGAAGCCCCUGACCUGGACACCCGUGGACCUGAUGGGGUGACACCCCUGAUGUCCGCGGUUUGCUGUGGGGAAGUAGAGUCCAGGACCUUCCAAGGGGCAUGGUUGGGAUGUCCUGGGCCCUGGGAACCUCUGCUGGAUGGAGGGGCCUGUCCCCAGGCUCACACCGUGGGCACUGGGGAGACCCCCCUGCACCUGGCUGCCCGAUUCUGCCGGCCAACCGCUGCCCGCCGCCUCCUUGAGGCUGGAGCCAACCCCAACCAGCCAGACCGCGCAGGGCGCACACCCCUUCAUGCUGCUGUGGCUGCUGAUGCUCGCGAGGUCUGCCAGCUUCUGCUCCGUAGCAGACAAACUGCAGUGGACGCUCGCACAGAGGACGGGACCACACCCUUGAUGCUGGCUGCCAGACUGGCAGUGGAAGACCUGGUUGAAGAACUGAUUGCAGCCCAAGCAGACGUGGGGGCCAGAGAUAAAUGGGGGAAAACUGCGCUGCACUGGGCUGCUGCCGUGAACAACGCCCGAGCCGCCCGCUCGCUUCUUCAGGCCGGAGCCGAUAAAGACGCCCAAGACAGCAGGGUUAGAUGGGACAGAGGGCUUCCCACAAAACAGUCGGGCGCAGGAGAGAUGGAAAGUGCGGUAACCCGCAAAGCCUGAAGGGAGAGGGGCCAGUGGUCCCGUAAGUGAAGGUAGAAAGGCCCAGUCCUGUGGGCGUGGCCUGCCCUGAUAUCGCCCCUGGCUCUUUCCUCCUGUGCAGGAGCAGACGCCGCUGUUCCUGGCGGCACGGGAAGGAGCGGUGGAAGUAGCCCAGCUGCUGCUGGGGCUGGGGGCAGCCCGAGAGCUGCGGGACCAGGCUGGGCUAGCGCCCGCGGACGUCGCUCGCCAACGAAACCACUGGGAUCUGCUGACGCUGCUGGAAGGGGCGGGGCCACUAGAAGCCCGUCACAAAGCCACGCC